CUGUGGCGUAGACCUCUGGCCUUUUGCCUUUGUCCUAGUCUCGAAGAAGAAACCUCACCUCAUUUCCAGGAAUUUCUGAAACACUUACACAGAAUUCUACAUAUAAUUAUUGUUGAAAUAAUUCUGCAUAUAAAGUGUUACAGGACCGGUUUGUACUGAAGCAAAAGCAAGAACACUCCUCUAACAAGCAAUCAUGGGUGCUUGUGCCUCCUCUUCUCGCAGUCGAUCGGUCCAAGAGAAGAACCACAAAUCCGCAAAGGUUGCGGCCGUGCCAUCUUCUCCAGCGACAGAGACCGGCUUGCAACACCAGGCUACUAAUGGAAAGCGCAGCCCCCCUGCUGCUGCCUCACCUGAGAUGGACGAGAAGAGCAGCUUCAAAUGGAGGAUCGAUGGCUUCUCCUCACUUCUUGCCAAGGAAAAAGGAUGGACCAACUCCGGAUAUUUUGAGAUCAAGGAGCUUAAAUGGUACCUGCAGUUGAAUCUGAAGGACAGAAAGAGUGGUGAUGAAAGAGAAUACGUUUCCCUUGUCCUUGUGCUGUCAAAAACUUCUGAUCUGAAAUCCGACAUCAUCAUCGAAGCAUCGUUCAAGCUCUUGAUAUACGAUCAAGCAUACGGAAAGCACAGCGAACAUGAAUUUAGCCACCAUUUCCAGACUGAAAGCAAUGGCUCCGGGGUCGCAUGCAUGAUCCCCGUCGAGACACUGAAGAAACCCUCCUCGGGCUUCAUCGUCGGCGACAGCUGCGUCUUCGGUGUGGAGCUCAUCAAGCUCACCACUGCUAAAGCCAACCAAAGUUCAGAAACGCUGUUUGUUCAGAAGACAAACGGCUUCAGCGCCCGGGAAGUGUACACCUGGGACAUUGACGACUUCUUGGCUCUGAACAAACGAUGCUACUCACCAGAGUUUGAGAUCGGUGGACACAAAUGGUACUUCAGCAUGUACCCCUCUGGCGCCGACAACGGUGGGGAAUUCCUCUCCCUCUACCUUCAUAUGGCCAAGCCGGACAGUUCCCUCCAAAGCUCAGGAGUGCUGGUAGAAUUCAGCCUGUCCGUCAAAGACCAGGUCACCAGCAAACGCAAUACAAUGGCAGGACGGUGCCAGUUUCGAGCAGCAAAGGAGGAUGGAGAGGGCUGGGGAUGGGCAGAGUUCAUGUCGCUGAAGCUGUUAAAGGACGGGUUCCUUGUGAAGGGCAGGUGCUGCAUCGAGGCAGAUGUUGCCAUAGUUGGCUCGUCCAAUAUGGAGUAGAGAGCCUACGACUCUUCUUCUGUGUUUGUGUGUGUCGCCUGUCGCGUCCAAAUUGCAACAGUGUAGAUGUGGCUUUGUUUGUUUGAUGCUGUCUGUCUGUCUGAACUCUGAAUUUUUUUUUUUUUUGAAAGAAGGACAAAGUCCCUUGCUCAUGCCGGGAUCCAACCCGGGUCACGAGCGUGGUGCCGUUGCGCCUUGACCAUGAUCUCGCAUCGGGUCCAUGAAUGUGCUGAAACCAAAACCCAAAAAUAAUAGAUGAUGGAUGCCUCUCCCCCUCC